AUGGCCGACCAGGAUUGGGACAACGUCACUCGCAUCGGUACCAAGCACCGUGCCGGCGGUGUUCAGCGCGAAACCGUCGUCAAGGGUCGUAGUGCCCUCAACGCAGCCCAACGAUCCGGUCUCGUGAUUGGCACCGAGAAGAAAUACGCCACUGGCAACGCUGCCGGCCGCACUGGUGCCCCCGAGGGCCAACACCUCACAAAAGUCGACCGCAGCGACGACAUCAUCAAACCCAAAACCGUCGGCACCCAAGUUGGCGAGGCCAUCAAGAAGCGCCGCAACGACGAAGGCUACAAGAUGACCCAAAAGGAACUCGCCACAAAGUGCAAUACAACUGUCACCAUAGUGCAGGAUAUGGAGCGGGGUACUGCGACGCCGGACCAGAAAGUGUUGAGUGCGAUGGAGAGGGUGUUGAAUAUCAAGUUGAGGGGGAGCGAUAUUGGGUCUGAGAAGUUUCCUAAGAAGAAAUAA